AUGUCACGAGAAAAGACUCCUGAGCCCGUCUCAAGCCCUCCUCGGGCUCGGGGCAUGAAGCAGCGGUUUCCUAUCCUCCAGAAAAAACGUGGCAAGGCUCUUGUCGUGUUCCUCGCCAUUUUACCUUUAUUUGGCCUCUUGGGUCUGCUCGCUCUUCGCAAUCGGCAUCAUGGUUCUGGCAAUGGUGGUGCAGCGGGCAAUGAGGGUAAUCAUAUAACUAAUGAUACGUUCUUUUACGGCCAAUCCGACCCUGUCUACCCAUCUCCGCCAAUAACAGGUACAGGAGCAUGGGCCAAUGCAUACGACAAGGCAGUCAAGUUUGUUGACCAGCUCACUAUGCAAGAAAAGGCAUCCUUGGCUUCUGGCGUCACCUCAUCUACAGGAACUACAGGUACACUAAACGGCUGCUCUGGAAACAUUGGUGCUAUUGAUCGUAUGAACUUUACGGGUCUAUGUCUUACAGAUGCUGGUCAAGGUGUUCGGGCCACUGAUUUUGUCAGCGGUUUCCCAAGUGGCAUUCACGUUGGCGCUAGCUGGAAUAAAGCACUCACCCGCCGCCGGGCAGAGAGCAUGGGCUUAGAAUUCCGAGUGAAAGGAGCAAACAUUGCCCUUGGUCCAGUUGUAGGACCUCUUGGCCGCAUAGUCCGUAGUGGUCGAAAUUGGGAGGGUUUCUCAGUCGACCCGUAUCUCUGUGGUGCACUCGCCGCACUAACGGUAGAAGGAAUUCAAUCUCAAGGUGUCAUUACUAGCACAAAGCAUUUCAUCGGAAAUGAACAAGAAUCAUACCGUAGCCCUACAGAAGGUCAUGUCGAAGCUAUCUCAUCCAACAUUGACGACAAAACAAUGCAUGAACUAUACCUCUGGCCCUUCCAAGACGCCGUGCAUGCAGGAACUGGCAACAUCAUGUGCUCGUACAACCGAGUCAACAAUUCUUAUGGCUGCGCCAACAGCAAAACGCAGAAUGGACUUUUGAAGACCGAGCUUGGGUUUCAAGGCGCAGUUACCUCCGAUUGGGGAGCACUUCACGCGGGAGUUGCCACCUCUCUAGCUGGCAUGGACAUGGUAAUGCCAAACUCAGACCUCUGGGGCAAUGAACUCGUCAAAGCAGUCGGAAACGGCUCAAUCCCCGAGAGUCGUUUGAACGAUAUGGCGACGAGGGUUAUUGCGUCUUGGUAUCAAAUGAAACAGGACCAAGAUUUCCCAGAGCCUGGCGUUGGUAUCGCAUCUGACCUUACAAAACCACACCGAAUUAUCGAUGCCCGGAACAUUUCAUCACGAAAAGUCUUGCUAGAUGGUGCUGUUGAAGGCCAUGUCCUUCUCAAGAACAUCAAUAGAGCUCUUCCACUGAAGGAGCCGAAAAUGCUCUCAAUAUUCGGAUACUCGGCUCGAAGCCCUGAUCAGUGGAAUUAUGCAUUAGGUCUUGGGGCCUGGACUUUUGGAGGUGAAUCGGCCUAUGAGGGACGGGAUGUCAUUGCUGGCUUCGCUGGCGUAGUCGAUUCUGAUUUCACGCAGAUCGCUCCCAAUGGGACACUUUUCAGCGGCGGAGGAUCAGGAUCCGUGACUCCUGCCUCGGUUAUCGCCCCUUUUGAUGCUCUGGCCCAACGAGCAUAUGACGAUGGCACCGCUCUCAUGUGGGAUUUCUACAGUCCUGAUCCAGAUGUUGUCAGUGGAUCCGAUGCCUGUCUUGUGAUAGUGAAUGCCUUCGCCUCGGAGGGAUUUGACCGACCCGGAAUCCGCGAUGAUUUCACAGACGGGCUCAUCCGCCACGUGGCUGACAGAUGCAAUAACACAAUUGUCAUUUUCCACAACGCCGGUAUCCGAUUGGUAGAUCAAUGGGUUGAUCAUCCGAACGUCACAGCUCUUAUAUUCGCUCACUUACCAGGAGAGGCAUCCGGUCGAGCCCUCGUAUCCCUCCUCUACGGCGAGACGAAUCCCUCGGGCAAGCUGCCAUACACGGUAGCAAGGAAUGAAUCAGAUUACGAACAUCUAUUAUCCCCCGACCUUCCCGAGGGAAGAUUUGAAAAGUUCCCGCAAUCCAACUUCUCUGAAGAAGGCGUGUAUAUCGACUACCGCCACUUCGACGCGAAGAACAUCACGCCACGCUACGAGUUCGGCUUCGGACUCUCGUACACUACCUUCAACUUCUCCGAGCUGAGUAUCACCAUGAACCGCGAGACCAACACAGACGCGUUCCCCACGGGACCUAUCCGCGAGGGAGGGCAGGUCGAUCUCUGGGACGUCGUGGCCACCGUAAACGCCACAAUCACCAACACGGGAUCCGUCGACGGCGCCGAGGUCGCGCAGCUGUACGUCGGUAUCCCCGGGGCACCAGUGCGACAGCUGCGCGGCUUCGAGAAGCCUUUCCUCAACGCGUCUACCUCGGCGACGGUGAGCUUUGGCUUGACUCGUCGCGACCUGAGCGUCUGGGAUGUUCUAGCGCAGAAGUGGGCGCUGCAGCGCGGGAGUUAUAAGGUUUAUGUCGGCCCGAGUAGUCGGGUGUUGCCGCUGCGCGGUGAAUUGACUAUCUGA